AUGCGGGGAGGAAGCGGUUCCGAGGUCAAAGAGUUCGGAAGCGACGAGGCCGGCGUUAUGACGGCUUGCACAAUGCUCAUGGUCAUGUGCAGCUGCCUUGCUAUCAUAAAAAGCACAGAGGCGGCGGCAAGCCACCAUGAGAGUUCAUCGGCGGAGUCUACAGAGGCGUCCACGGAGGUCUCAGUGGUAUCAGUCAGCUCUUCUUCCUCAGCGUCGUCGGAGAUACAGGAGGGGUCGGGAGAUGACCCGCCUGAUCCGGUACCAGUUAUCAAUGUUAAGAAUGAGACUAGAGAAGCGCUGAAAACGGAUGGAAGUGAACAAGAUCCUGUCGUCUUCCUGUCUGAUAAGAACAGCUACAUCCCCGUGAGCAUCAAGCCUCGCUCGCCAGCUCCCGAAGGACCCUGGAGGGAGCCUCCGGCUUGGGAGCGCGAGUACCGUCGACACAGGACCAACAGCAGUAGGGUACAAUAUAUCGAAGCUGAAUGCCAGGACGAUUUCAUGAAGAUAAGAGUGGGAUUCAACGGUUCAUUUGCCGGACUUGUUUAUUCAGCAGGCUAUUCCUACGACCCGGACUGCAUGUACAUCAAUGGAACAGGUCGAGAUUACUACGAAUUCUACAUUCAGCUGAAUCGGUGCGGUACCCUCGGAAGAAACAGCCAGCACGAUGACAAUAGAAAACACCCCACUAAAAAUCUAAUGUGGAACACUAUUACGGUGCAAUACAACCCCCUGAUUGAAGAGGAACAAGACGAGCACUUCAAGGUCACCUGCGAGUAUGGAUAUGACUUCUGGAAGACCGUUACCUUCCCCUUCUUGGAUGUCGAGGUAGCGACCGGCAACCCGGUGGUGUUUACGCUGCAGCCGCCGGAGUGCUACAUGGAGAUCCGGGCCGGGUACGGCGCGACCGGCGCCCGCGUGUCCGGCCCGGUCCGAGUGGGAGAUCCCCUUACACUGCUCAUAUACAUGAGGAGUGCUUAUGACGGGUUCGACAUAGUUGUGAAUGACUGCUUUGCCCAUAACGGUGCCACCAAGCGGAUACAGCUUAUUGACGAAUACGGUUGCCCGGUGGAUGAUAAACUCAUCUCUCGUUUCCGCGGCUCGUGGUCGGAGUCGGGCGUGUUCGAGACGCAGGUGUUCGCGUACAUGAAGACGUUCCGGUUCACGGGAUCGCCGGCGCUGUACAUCGAGUGCGAUGUUAGGAUGUGUCACGGCAGAUGUCCUUCUCAACCCUGCCACUGGCGUAACAUGAAGAGCGUGCGCAAGCGUUCGCUAGAGGGCGACACUACCGCCGCGGCGGCGAGUGUGGCGCCGAGACUUUCGGAAAACAUAUCGCUUUUCCAGUCCUUGAGGGUGCUACAAGAGGGCGAAGAGGACUCAGAACUAGCUGCUAAUACAAGUCUAGCAGAAGGUCAAACAUGCAUGAAGACCUCAGUACUCUCUGCUCUCGCCGUUUCAUCAGGAGUCUUAAUAGCCGCGCUCUGUGCCGGGUUAAUGGCCGCCGCCAGAGGAUUAAGAAGAACUAGAGACGCCCCACAUCACGCUUAUGUACCGCAUAAAGGAAGAAUUAAAUAG